AUGCGCGUCGCUCUUCCCCUCCUCGCGAUUGUCCCUGCUCUCGCCACAGCGCGCAACGUCGUGAACGUGAAGCUCCUGGGUGGUUGGCAACCCACCGAAGUGACGGAAACCAACGUGAAUCUGCUGAAUCAAGCGCUCAGUGGCGAGCGCUACUCGACCCGAGUGGGUGACACGCGCGUGUGCUAUUCGGACGUGCUGUCGGUGGAGACGCAGGUGGUGGCUGGCACCAACUACCGCUUCCGCAUCAGCGGCUGCGACGUCGCGACCUCGAACGGCGAGUGUCAGGAGGACACUUUGAAGGACUGUUCGCCCUCGGAGUUUCAGGUCGUGGUCUUUGAAGAGCUGUCAACGGGUGCGCCCGAGGUCACGGGCAUUGAGGAGGUGGCGGAAGGAGGUACAGGCGACAAUGGUGACAGUGAAGAGGGGACCGCCACUACAGACGGGGUGGAAGGAAAAGUUGAGGAGGUCUCUGAGGAGGAAAAGAAGGCCAUUGACGCCUGGAUUACUGCUGAAGGAUUGAACGAGUAUGGCGACAAGGCCACCACAGUCUACAUGGGUGGCACGCCGCUAUUCAGUGAGAGAACCGGCACGACGAAGGACUUGUACGACUACAUCUUGAGUCGGCAUGCGGAUCGUCCAUGGCAGACGCGAGUUGAGACAGCGACGUCGUUUGCAGUGACGGAGGAUGGUGAGCGUGCGACGCUCGUACAAGGGUCUGUUGCUGCUGUGCUGAGUGUCCUUAUUGUGGUGCUGAUUGCUGUGGCCCUUGCAAAGGUGCGCUCCGGAAGACGUGACCGGUUCCCCUACGAUCCCAUUCAUAGUCGCUAG